GGUAGAAAAGACUUGAAUUCUGAAAGGAUAUUCUUCUAUAAACUUGAUGAUCAUCAGCAGAUCUACACACAAGUCAAAAGGUUUUUUUACUUUCAAGUGAUUUCAAAUCUAGGGUUUUCAUUCUAGUAAUCUUUGCUAAAUUUAAAAAGUUCAAAGCUUUGAUUGAUUUCAAAAGAAUUAAAGUUAGGGUUCUUUUUAUGGUUGUAGAGAGAAAUCAAGUAGUGGGUUUCUGUAAAUGCUGAUUAAAACACUAAAUUUGAAGAAGAUUUUAAGAGAAGUUGAAGUGUUGGGGUGGUUUCAAUGUCUUGGCCUGGUUCUGAAGAUAUAUUCCUUUCUACUUCUCUUGCUAGCUAUCUUGACAAGAAGCUUCUUGUCUUGCUGAGAGAUGGCCGAAAGCUCAUGGGGAUACUCCGUUCUUUUGAUCAAUUCGCAAAUGCGGUCCUUGAAGGUGCGUGUGAACGAGUAAUUGUUGGAGACCUAUACUGCGACCUUCCAUUAGGUCUUUAUGUGAUCCGCGGGGAAAAUGUCGUCUUAAUAGGAGAACUGGAUUUAGAGAGGGAGGAACUUCCCCCACAAAUGACUCGUGUUUCACCUGCAGAGAUAAAAAGGGCGCAAAAGGCAGAAAGGGACGCCACAGACUUAAAAGGCUCCAUGAGAAAAAGAAUGGAAUUUCUCGAUAUGGACUGAAGAUUACUACUACUACCUGUACCACAUUUUGCCCUGCCAUUUUUUGAAUGGGGUGAAUCCAGCCCAUAUGUCACCGGCAAAUAUUAUCGCCGCCGAUUCUUGCUGGCUAAAGUUGUUCAGAUGUGUCCGGACUUACUCCUUUAGUUCCAAGUUUAUCAGACAAACGGCCAAUAUAUAUCAAGUAGUAGCUCAUGAAGUUGUGAAAAAUGUUCUUAAUCUAGGUUCUUUUAAUCUUACCAGGACUUCUGUUA